UUUCCAAACCCCCUCCUCGGCCCGGGCCUGACUCUGGCCGUCGAGAAUUUCUGGAAGGGCUCCCUGAAAAGGGGAAAGCCUUAUAAUUAAAUUUUAAAUUUUGAUAAAUUUAUAUUAUAAUUUCAUAUCUUACUUUUUGAUUUAGCAUAUCAUUAUAGGGAAUGCCUGCUGUAGACGCCAAGUAAAAUGGUUUUUUGUGGUUAAGAAAUCGACAAUCAAUUAACCGUACCCUAUUCUGAACGCGCCCUGGAGGCGCGUGGAAUUAAAGUUGUGUAGAUUAAGGUAAACCAUUCUAUCGAGAAGAGAGUAGCUGCUGCUGCUGCAAGUUAGUUGCCCAGCGGGGGGAGUGGUUGCUUCCAUUGCUCGUACAGUUGGAGCUUUCGUUGACAAUUGGCUGCAUUUUAUGAACACAGUCAUGCAAUCUCAAGCUUUAUGCUAUUUUUCUGGUUUAGGACUUAUGGCGUCACUCCGUUCUUUCAGUUGCCGGAACUUUACACGCCGUUCGUAUUUCGAUCGCAGGUUAUUUGAUUCACGUGUUCGAAGAAAUGGUUUCCGCGUGCGGCGUAGGGUUCUUCGCGUUUCUGCGACGGAUGAUGAUUCAGGGGAUGUUUCAUCAUUCAGUGACAUGGCUGAUAGUAACAGACAAGCAAUUUUUGCUUCAACAGAUGGUGAAGCAAGUGACGGCGAAGCAGUUUCCCAGCUCACCGAUGAUGAUUCCCCAUCGAAAGAGAAAUUGCUACAGUCGAACAACUUCACACGGACUACCUAUGGAGUUCUCAACAAUGUUGGUCUUACAUCAUUCUCGACAUUCCUCCUCUUAUUCGUGGAUCACUACACAUGGAGAAUUGCACGGCUACCUCUCCCGUCAUUUUACUUGAUGCAGCCCUUUUUGAUAUCUAUAGUUUCAGUGUGUUGUGCCGGAUACAUUUGUGCACCUUUACUAUGCGCUUUUGAGCUUCAAUCCCCAGUCAAGAACGAGGUACCUCCUCAUCACUCAUCUAAGAAAGCAACCUCAACAAUGGGUGGAUUGUAUCUUGUACCAAUCGGCAUACUUGUAGCAGAAUCAGUACUGAGUUUUUCAUCUGUUGAAGUUUCUGCAGCAGCCAUGGCAACUAUUUGCUUUGCUGUAAUUGGGCUAUUGGAUGAUUUCUUGAGAAUCAAGAUCAAUGGUUACAAUCCACCUGGUUGGAUUAAAGUUUUCCUGGAGGUUUCCUUUGGAUUAUGGUUCUCGCAUUGGUUUUGCACCAAAAUCAUAGUAACACCCUACAACAUGAAAAUGGGCAAAUCUAUAUCCUACCCACUUUUGACAACAUUCUUUUUCAUUUCCAUGCCAAAUGGAAUCAAAUUAACUGAUGGGCUUGAUGGAUUAGCUGUGGGAACUGCUGCUUUAGCCUUUGUUGCAAUGUCGAUCGUGGUUCUUCCAAUAUGCUGCAAGCUUUCUGUAUUUGGAGCAUCAAUGGCUGGGGCGUGCAUCGGUUUUCUUUUCCAACACCGAUAUAGUGCGCCUAUAUCUAUGGGGGCGACAGGGGCUUUGGCUUUAGGCGGAGCUCUUGCUGCAAUGGCAUCGUGCACGGGAAUGUUCCUCCCGCUGCUGAUUGCUUCAGGAGUGUUCGUCUUGGCGUCAUUCUCAGCUGUCUUUCAGGGCCAUCUCCGUUUACAUGGCAUUAAAGAACCAGUAAUUGUUGCUGCUUCAUAUGUAGCAGCAGCCUUCUUGAGCCUAUUCGCAGCCUACGUCGGCCUGUCCUCACCGCGCCUGUUGCGGUGACUUAGUCAUCGAGCACGAACACGAGCCAUGUAUAUAUUAUAUAUAUGGUUAUGUGAAUGAAACAAUGAACAGAUGUUUCAGUAAAUGAAUUAUGAAUAGGCUGCCGCUGUUCUUGUUUUUUAAUUAAUUGUCCAUCUUUGUUUUAUUUCCCUUGACAUAGAUAUUGCCUUAGAAGCAUCCCACAUCGGUUGUGGUAAAGAGAGUUGGCCGAGCUGACUACUAUUAAAGGAGGAGGAGGGAUAUUGUAAAAAUUAUCUUUGCGCUUGGGGCAAUGACGCAGCUAGUGAGGUUCUAACCGAGGCGCGUCUAUUGCUGGUUGAAAACUAUUUCCAAACCCCCUCUUCGGCCCGGGCUUGACUCGGGCCGUCGAGAAUUUCUGGAAGGGCUCCCUGAAAAGGGGAAAGCCCUACAAAU